CUACCCCAAAGUACCGUUAUUAAAAAAAGGCUUGGUCACAAUACUGUCAGACGCUACAAUAGUUUCAGACAGUAUUGUAAUGUAAUAGUUAAAUCCAGACAAGCUAUUCGUGAAUCUCACCCAACGUCAAAGGUGUUGCCAGUAGACAUUGCAUCCAUACCUGACAGACAGGUGGUUGAAGUCGACAUUCCUGCUGUUCCGUGCGUCACCGUACACGUUCAGAGGGCGGGUACUCAUACCGGGCGGAAGCGAGCUACUGUAUUGGAUCGCUUUGAUUCCUCUGUACACACCUGCGUCGCGCCGGUUUAAGUCUACUCUAACAAGGGUCGACGACAGCUCACAGUGAGUUCCUCAAAAACGAAGAGGAUGCUGUAACCUAGUUCCCCUCCGUCAAAGGAAGGAAGUGCUCUGAACUCAUACUCUGUACACAAUGAGCAUUCCCUGUUGCUUUUGUCACGGAAACUCGAACAAGAAGCAAAGGCAGAAACGCAUUCAAAAAAAGAACAGUUCAUUUUCAUAGCUAUUGUAAGAGAUGAUCUGAAAUGGCUGUAGUAGAUAAGUUUCCUAGUAAAACCACCGAGCAGUUUGGAGAUUUUGAGGAGUGGUCCAGCGCCACCUCAUCAGAUGGUUGCCUUGGCGACUGGAGUGAUUUUCAUGACAGUAAAACCUGGGAUGGAGACAGGCCUGCCUCACCUGUUCCUGCCCAGGAGCGCUCCUCAAAGUCUAUUGCGGCUGUGCAGAGUUGCGAAGCCCCGGAUCCGUGGGGAGUUUUCAGCGAGUGCUUCCCAGACGCGGGUCCGCAAAUAACUGAUCUUGGCGACCUUGAGACGCCAACCCUGUCGGAGCUGCUUAGGAGCCCCUCACACACACCGUCGCAGUCAGGAGGCAUUAGCAGUGGAGUGGUGAGUGUGUGUGGGCGUCUGCUGUGUGAGGGGAGCACAGUGAGGUGGUCGGGACCCAGGCCCAGCACACAGUCCUUCUCCCAGCUCCUCAGCACACUACCUCUGGUGGAUCCACACACACACAAUACAGAGGAUAUGGCCCUGCCUGACAUGGAGUUAGAAAAAACUGAAGACCAAAGCCCUCCAGCUGCCCUCAUACAGACUAAGCUCUCGGCUCCGUCCUGCUGCCACCAGACCCCCCCUGUCAUGUACCAGGUGUCCCUGCGCUGGAUCAGGCUGUGCAACAUCCAACUCCAGGCCCACAAGCAUCAGCAUGGCAAAUGACCCCCUCACCAGGCAAACUCCCAUCAGCAUGGCAAAUGACCCCCUCACCAGGCAAACUCCCAUCAGCAUGGCAAAUGACCCCCUCAACAGGCAAACUCCCAUCAGCAUGGCAAAUGACCCCCUCAACAGGCAAACUCCCAUCAGCAUGGCAAAUGACCCCCUCACCAGGCAAACUCCCAUCAGCAUGGCAAAUGACCCCCUCAACAGGCAAACUCCCAUGAGCAUGGCAAAUGACCCCCUCAACAGGCAAACUCCCAUCAGCAUGGCAAAUGACUGCUGCAAUGACGCCCUCAACAGGCGCAUCCAACAAUAACAGACAAACACGCAUCAGCAUGGGUGAAGAGCUCCUGCAAUGAGACCCUCAACAGGCCUACCAGCUGAGGCAAAGACAUUCACACUUCACACAAGCAAAGCAAAGUUCUCAGGCACCGUACCUGAAUGCAGGUGUUGGCCAGGCCAUGGAAGAUUUCAUAUAGAUAUGUAACAGAUUCAACAGCCUUUGAUUUCACUUUGUGUUUGCUUUAUGGUGAAGUGUGCCGUGCGCACGGCGGUUUGGCUCAGAUGUUUACUCUGCUGCCUUAUCUGACUUUCUGCCCACUCCUGUCCACCAGACACAGAAAAACAUACUCCAAUGACACACACACACAGACACAGACACCUAUUCAGCUAUGCACUCUUUUGACCAAAGACAGGAGAGGUGCCAAUCCUUUGCUCUGGAUAUUCGACUGGACUGUUCAAAAUGCCAGUGUCCUUUAACAGUGGUAGCUCAUCUCUGACCCGGUCAUCCCUUAAUGAAUUUUAGCAUUUACACUUGAUCUACGCAUCUGAUCAAAGCUACGGUGGGUGAACAUCUCCAUUUUGGAUGUAGUCAAACUGAAAUCACACCCUGCAGAACCAAACUGCGAUUUGAAAAGCUGAUUUUGAUACCACAGAUGAAUGAAGACAGCUCUCAGGCAGAGCAACUCCCAGAGAAGGAAACACACUUUUGCACACUAGUUACGAGUGCACUACUAACACAGGGGAUUUCUUUGAGUGGGACGUUCUUGUUUGGUAGUUUGGUCUGUUGUUGUGAAGACACCACCUGAUUAGCAGAGCUGCUCAAGGACAUGUUACGCAGCUUGCUUUCCAAAACUCAAAGGAAGACGCGGGGGGGGGGGGGGGUAGGAUCACGCGUUCGCUGAGUAGGGAGUAGCAUCACCCUGAAUCGACACCACGCUCUCCUCCUUAUCUCUCAGCCGCAGAAUGUUCCAGCACACGAGGAAAGCAUCAGAACAAUAGGAGAGCUGAUAAAGUCACUUGAAGAGCACAGCUGACUCCAUCACACGUUUAACGUGCAUCAGGCUCAUACGGGCCCAUCCAGGUGUGGAUUUAAAGCACAAUAUGCAGUAUACUGACAUCACGUUUACAUUGAGAUCCAGUUACAAUCAGACAGCCAGGUUUGGGAUCGAAAAGUGAUAGAAACACAUGGCUUGUUACCAGUCCCACUCUAAAGCUCGUCAUAGUUAGAUUGUCCUUGGGCUGAAUGAUGUCUGUGUCAGUCAAACUCAAAUGAACUGUAUCAAACUUCUCCAUAAUCAUGUUUUUAUUUUGUUUUAUUUCAUGAUCUGAAUGAUUCUGUCUAAAGGGUUUUACUGCUGCAGUACAAGCCGACAGAGACCCUGUAAAAUGGCAAUAACCAUAACAAGCAGGAGGAGAACACUAAACACACAGCUGUGUGUGUGAAUGGGACUUAUUUAUAGUAUGUUCUUUUAAAGCUUUUUUUAUAACCUUCCGUUAGCUUUGAUGUCCUGUGUGAUUUGAUAGCAAGAGAACACCCUGUACACUAGUGCCUUUGUGUGAGUGAGAAUGAAAUUAAUCUGAUUUCGAAUUGUGUGAUUUUAUGAUAAGAAUGUUAUAAGUAAUGUUAAUGUAUUUAUUACAAAUAUGUAUUUGUUACAGCCGA